AUGGCGACGACGAACGGCGACCGCGCGAAACCCGCGGUCGUCUUCUUCGACUGCGACGACUGCCUGUACAAGAACGACUGGCGCGUCGCGAACAUGAUCACGGAGAAGAUCGAGUCGUUCUGCUCCGACCGGAUGUCCAUGAAGCCCGGGCACGCGUACGAGCUGUACAAGAAGUGGGGGACGUGCCUGCGAGGGAUGCAGCAGGAGCCGUCCAUCUACUUCGACGACGACAUGCUAGAGGAGUACCUCCACCACGCGCACGACAUCCCGCUGCACGAGCACAUCGGCCCGGACCCGGAGCUGGUCGCGAUGCUGGAGCGCAUGGACCCCACGAUUCCGAAGUACGUCUUCACCGCGAGCGUGAAGCAUCACGCGGAGAGGUGCUUGGAGCUGUUGGGCGUCGGACACUUUUUCGAGGACAUCAUCGACGUCAGAGCCGUGGACUGGGUCACGAAGCACGACGAGGAGGCGUACGUGGCGGCGAUGAAGAUCGCGAAGUGCGACGACCCGUCCGCGUGUUUGUUCCUGGACGACUCCGUGAGCAACGUGAAGACGGCGAAGAAGGUGGGGUGGAGGACGGUGCUCGUCGGGAAGCACCACCGCGACUGCGGCUCGGAGAUCGUGUGCGAAGAGGCGGACCACGCGAUACACAGGAUACACGAGCUCCCGGACGUGUUGGGGCACCUAUUCGUAGAGGACGCGGUGCCGAAGUAG